AUGUCCUCGCCGGAUGCAAAUCAGUACUCCUUCCUCGCGCAGAUGGAUUUCGACCCGAAACCCGUCCUUGACGUUGAUGGCUAUCUCAAGCCCCAUCUUCCUGCCAUUGCUACUCGCUACCGCUACCUGCAAGACUGGAAGCACAAGAUCGACCAGACCGAGGGUGGCCUCGAGAAAUUUACGAGGGGCUAUGAACGCUUUGGCCUAAAUGUCGGACCCAAAAAUGAGGUUAUAUACAGAGAAUGGGCACCAAAUGCUGUGAAUGCGAGCCUGAUUGGCGAAUUCA